GUACCGAAAUUGAGAGCGUCUUCGAAGUUGAAGGCCAGGCAGGAAUGAGCAUUUCAAAACUCAAAGAUAUGAUCUAUGACAAGAAAAAGAAUAAUUUUGAAGGCAAAGGUUUUGAUCCCAGCGAUUUGCAUCUAUGGAAGGUAGAUAUUCCUGGCGAUACGAAGAACGUUAAACUGGAAACACUUGAAAGCAGAUCUCAUGAUAUAAAUAAUGAAAAUACUACUAUACAAGAGCUCGGAGGAAGAAGGUUGACUCCAUUUGAGAGUCUUGGUGACAUUUUUGAUAAUGAUUCCAAGAACAUCCGCAUCAUCGCACAACCGCCCACCACUGAGUCACCAAUGAAAAAAAGGCGCCUUUGGUAUAGAGAUCCAAAGGAAGCAAAUGUUAUUCAAGAUUCGAGUAAUAAAGAUCAGAAGGUCCCCGUGUCAGAAUCAGAGUUCAAAAGGGUGCGCGAGUAUCGUAAAUUAUAUGUAGACAAAACGGAAUGGUUAACUCGGCUUGAGUUAAAUAGUGGUCAAUAUUUCGUAUCACGGCCUCGAAAAUUUGGCAAAUCAAUGUUUCUCUCAAUGGUUGAAUCUUUCUUCUUGGUUCAAUAUAAUCUCUUUGAGAAUCUGUACAUACGAGAUCAUCCACCAAACAUUUUUAUCAAUAAUAAAGCGGAAAAAUGGAGCGAGAACUUGCCUUCAAUCCCAGUCAUCAGGCUUGACUUUUCUUUGUUAACAUCAGAUGAAGGACCCGAAAAGUUAAAAAAGAGCUUGAUUCGAGUAUUACAAUUGGCUGGAGAGGAAUAUGACAUCGACAUCGACACCGACACCGCGAAUUAUGAUGUUAAGGGUGCCACUCUUGAAUUAAUUACGUCACUAGCUGGUGAUGAUAAAAAUGAGUAUAGACAAGUGGUAAUACUCAUAGACGAAUAUGAUUCACCACUGUUAAAUGUCAUCGGUAUCACGAAAGAGAACACACAAAUUGCAAAUGACAGCCACGGCGUACUAAAGAGUUUCUUUGAAGUAAUAAAGGCACUACAAAGUAAAGUUAAAUUUCUUCUUGUAACAGGCGUAACAAUGUUUGCGCAUUUAGGUUUAUUUUCAGGAUUAAAUAAUCUUAAGGAUAUUACAUUAAGUGAUGAAUUAUCUGGGGCAUAUGGUUUCACAGGUGAUGAGAUAACAAAAGCGUUUGGAGACAAACUAUCAAAUCUCUGCAAAUCAGAUGAUCACUAUAGAGAUGUGCAAGAUGCAAUGAAUAGGCUUCAGAAAAAAUAUAAUG